GUUCUAUGCCAGGAUUCAAUUAUCAACAAAAAAAAGGAGAAAGAAGAAAAAUUUUUCAGGAAGAAGUCCAUACACCAUUCAAUAAACGUGUCGUAUGCCAUCUUCACGAAAGAGGGGGAGAAAGUAAUAAAUCUGGGAAUUGUUUCCCAAAAAUCCAAAGAAAGUUCAGAAAAAAAAAAAUAAUACACAUUUCAGCUGUGCAAUCUUGUCACGGGACACAGGAAGAAAAACGAACAAGAAAAAAAAAAAAUUGCGCACAAUUGUGGCAUAAUUCCUAAAGAUGCAACCAAAUGUUUGGUACCUGAUAUACGGAACUUGGACCAAGGUAUUGUCUGUGUUCAAAAGUGUCGGCCUAGAUUAAUCAAUCUCAAGAAAAAGAAGAAAAAAGAUUCUCCUUCAAAAUGUUGAAAUGGGCAGUGAAUGGUCCUUAUUCCAAGCAAACAUACUUGCCAACAGUUGCAGAAAACACAACCACUACAACCACCACCAACACAAAUCAUCAUCAUCAUGAUCAAGAUUACACAAUCCGCCGUAGGAGUAUAACAACAACAACAAACACAAAAAUAACAGCAGGAGCAGAUGUUGCGUCAUCGUCGUCGUCAUCAACGUCUUCAAGUCGCCGUCGUUGUUCCCUUCCAGCAAAUUCUUCUACCGCAGUACGGAAAGUGUGUAGGAAAUUAUCAGAUAAUUCUUCACUGAGAAGAAAACUGCUGCUCGUGGGACAGGACAACAAAGAGAAUCAUUUGACAUCUACACCUUUGCCAUUAAGUAUGCGGAAUGCGAGUCCUUUAAGAAAGUUGGGUUCUCUGAAAGAUCUUAGCAAUAUUACCCCCGAUAAGUUUGUUGCGAGUCCAAUAAGCCAGACGCCGAAGAGAAUCGAAACACCUCCAAAACCACAAUACGCAUCGACACUGCCAACAUUCGGUGUGGAGUAUUCACCAUGUGAACUUGUACCAGGACCAAUAUUGGCACUGAGAGGCAUAGGAAUUGCAGAUAACUACUUCGAAAAACCAAGAUAUCUUACCCAUGAAUUUAAGGACCUCAACAAUCAGAGGGGUGAAAAGCGUCAAAAAAUGUCGUCAUCAGCUCCUCCUGCAGCUGAUGAAGAGUCAUCAUUGAGUUCUUCUAAAAUGGGCGAUCUAACGUUGGAAAAAAUGAUCGAUGCUAUCCUAGAAAGUGCCCGAAAAGAGCGCAAAGUUCCUAAGGCUAAGCAAACUGCUCAUCACCAUGUAAUCAUGUCUCCUACUUAUACUCCAGCUGACGAUCCAGCAAGUGACCUUCACGAGUUCUGGGAUCCUCAAAAUGAAAAAUACCAACAAGAGCAGGAUCCACCUCCUCGCCAUCCAAAGGUGCCAUUCAAUGAGCGUGAAGUUCGCACGCCAGAGACUUUUGAUAAACAUGAUCCACCAUUGGAUUUUCAAGACGCUGUAGCUUCUUGCCAACUUCGACGUCAACGAGCGGUAAGACGAAAGCGAAAACUCAACGAACUAAAAUCAAGUGUAAAAAAUUCUGCUCAAAAACUGCUUAAACGAAAGAGUUUCGGCGAUCGUUUGGAUACACCCAAGAAAAAGGGUGCAAUGAAGGCUUUGAGGAAUAUCAGUCCGGAUAGCGGACGAAAUUCAUCAAGUGAUCUCGAAGAUACUCUUGAUGGUGGAAACUAUACUAAACGGCGAUUAUCAUUCUCUCCUAAUGAUUUAAAUGAUAAUUAAAAUUAUUCCUAGUAACGAGUUUAAAUUGAACUUAAAUAUUGUUCGUAUGAAUUUUACGUAACAAUAAAACUCUUGAUGAAUUUAUUUAUUUUGUUAAAAAUGGUUGAAAGAACUACAAUCUAUUGAGUUGAAUUAUUUUUAAAAAAAAUUAUGAAUUAUAGCA